CUUCGUUUGUGGCCACGAGGUUUUGUGGUGAAAAUUAAGUUUACCGGGUGGAAAAGGCCCUAUAUUUUUGUAUUUAUACAAAAAUGCCCUCCAGCAAUCCCUUGCCACCCAAAGAAAAUACCUUGUUUAAGCGAAUUCUGAAGUGUUACGAACAUAAACAGUAUAAAAAUGGGAUAAAGUUUGCAAAGCAAAUUUUAUCGAACCCUAAAUUUAGUGAACAUGGAGAGACCUUGGCAAUGAAAGGUCUCACUCUGAACUGCUUAGGUCGCAAGGAAGAAGCAUAUGAUCAUGUAAGACGUGGCCUGAGGAAUGAUUUGCAGUCACAUGUUUGUUGGCACGUUUAUGGACUUUUGCAGCGUUCUGACAAAAAAUACGAUGAGGCCAUUAAAUGUUACAGAAAUGCUCUCAAAUGGGAUAAGGAUAAUAUACAAAUCCUUAGGGAUUUAUCGUUGCUUCAAAUACAAAUGAGGGAUCUGGAGGGUUACAAAGACACAAGAUAUCAGUUGUUUAUGUUACGUCCCACACAGCGUGCAUCAUGGAUUGGUUUUGCUAUCUCAUAUCAUUUAUUAAAGGACUAUGAAAUGGCUCUAAAAAUUUUAGAUACUUUUCGAAAUUCCCCAAUGAUUUGUUAUGACUAUGAACAGAGUGAAUUGUUGUUAUACCAAAACAUGGUCAUUCAAGAAUCAGGGGAGUAUGAUCAGGCAUUGAAACAUCUUGACAAAUACAGUGAUCAUAUUUGUGAUAAAAUUACUGUAAAAGAGACUUAUGGUAAAUUAAGAUUAGAAUUAAAACAAUACGCAGAAGCAGUUCAGAUUUAUAAGGACCUUUUAAAUAUAAAUCCUGAAAACACAACAUACUAUACUAGGCUAGCAGAGGCUGAAAGACAUGCUACACCUGAAGAAACGUUAGCUAUGCUCCAAAGAUACGAAGAACUGUUUCCUCGAGCGCUAGCGCCGCGGCGCUUACAAUUAUCUUAUGCUGCAGGGGAUACAUUUAAAACAUUAGUUGAUCGGUACUUACGAAAAGGUCUUCAUAAAGGUGUCCCGCCUCUGUUUGUAAAUCUUCGUUCCCUGUAUACUGAUCAACAGAAAGUUGCUACUAUCCAAUCUCUGGUAUUGCAGUAUAAAGAAGCAUUGAAGACUCAUGGGCAUUUUAGCGAUCAAGAGAAAGAUAAUCCACGAGAGCCAGCCUCGGCGUUGUUGUGGACAUACUACUAUUUAGCACAACAUUACGAUCAUCUUGAACUUACAGAAAAAGCACUGAAUGAAAUUAACGCUGCCAUAGAACAUACUCCUACACUUAUAGAACUUUUUGUUACCAAAGGUCGCAUUUAUAAGCAUGCCGGUAAUGCUCAAGAAGCGUAUAAAUGGUUAGAUGAAGCACAAGGUUUAGAUACCGCAGAUCGAUAUAUUAAUUCCAAAUGUGCCAAGUACAUGUUACGCGCAAAUCUCAUCAAAGAGGCGGAAGAGACAUGCGGCAAGUUCACCAGGGAAGGUGUUUUAGCCAUGGAGAAUCUGAAUGAAAUGCAGUGUAUGUGGAUUCAGACGGAAGCAGCGAACGCUUACAAACGUUUAGGGAAAUACGGGGAGGCGUUGAAGAAAUGUCACGAAGUUGAUAGGCAUUUCUCUGAAAUCAUAGAAGAUCAGUUCGACUUCCACACCUACUGCAUGAGAAAGAUGACUCUACGGUCGUACGUUGGUCUCCUGAGGUUAGAAGAUGUACUGCGUGCUCAUCCUUUCUACUUCAAAGCUGCGAAAUGUGCGGUGGAGGUUUACUUACAGCUACACGACCACCCACCGCCUGACCCAACACAAGUGCAAGAAAUCGAAACUGCGAAUCUAACCCCGUCGGAAUUGAAGAAACUGAGAAACAAGCAGAGGAAGCAAAGCAGAAAAGCGGAAUUGGAGCGACAGCAAGCGGCCCAAGCUCAGGAGAAGAGGGAACAGCACAAUAAAUCGCGGCAACAGACCGAUCCCGAUUUGGAGCAGCCCACGUUGGACGAACUUAUGCCUGAAAAAUUGGAACGGGCUGAAGAUCCGUUGGAGCAAGCGAUCAAAUUUUUACAACCUUUACAAGAUCUGGCGUCGGAUAGAAUAGAGACACAUCUUAUGGCGUUUGAAAUCUAUAUUCGCAAAGGUCGCACGUUGCUGAUGCUGAAGUCGAUAAAACGCGCACACGGACUGGACCCAAACAAUCCGGAUCUCCACUCGUGUGUGGUACGUUUCAUACUGCACACAGCCCGUUCCCCAUUGGAGGGUCCAGUAGGUGAGGUGGUGAAGCAUCAAACAGCCGGGAUCUACGGUGCUUCACCGGCCACUCAACUGAACGCGGAGUUUUUGAAGAAAAAUCAAAAUUCUUUGCCGCAUGUGCUACAGGGCGCACGGAUGCUUUAUCUUCUGGACCCGUCCGCUCAAUCGAAAGCUCUCUCGCUCGUAAUGAACAUCAACAAUCUCGAAGGCGUAACAUUAGAGAAUUGCAAGAAAGUGAUGGAAUCGUUGCGCAGCGGCCAAUUCGGCGAGUGCGAAUCCACGAUAGCCGAUUACAUGGUGACAUUCCGUGAACGUUUCCCGUACGCGACCACUUUCUAACCAUCGGAAACGAAGGCGACCGCGAACCACCAAGAGAAAGAGAACUUCAUCGAGAACUGAUCCAGGGCACGUGCUCGUCAGCGUCGCCGAAUUUACUCCGUAGUUAGACGAGGCAAAUGGAGGAGGAACGUGUGAUGCGAACCGUUCUGGGUAGUACAUUUGAAAUAAAUAACAGAGAAAUUAAGGGGUGGGAGAGGAAAAAAUAGAAACAUUCGUUGCUAAUAAAUGAAGGCGAGAGACACACGGAGAUAGAGAGGGAGAGAGAGAGAGAGAAAAAAGAGAAGAAGGAUAUAGUGAAAGAAGUAUCGCAAGCAAAUUGGCGGAUAUUGAUUUAACGAUAGUAACAUGUAUUAUAACACGGAACUGUUCCUGGAAGGUUUCAUGUAGUGUGAACAGUGCUCUGGGACAGUGCUGGAUAAACAAUCUUAAUAAAUUAUGCAACACGACAAGGCGCGGGCCACGCGCCUUCGACGCGGUCCCCGAAUUUUAGGUGCACGAAGAUUAAGAGGAUGGCUAGUAGCUAAAUAUUAAUUAAGAAUUGGAACAGAACGAAUUAACGAACGUGCUUGAUACAAUGGCGCGGGCCACGACGCUAAAAGAACGGUCGACGAAGUGUGAAAUGUUCAGUGAAGAUGAAUUUUUGGAACACAGGGGAGGUUGGGUCGAAACUCGGGGAUGGAUGGGGGGCGGGGGGUGUCAAAUAGGGAUGCAGUGUGUAAAAUAUAAACGACGUGCGAAAACUAACACAUUGGUACAAAAUACAAAGACUUGUAUACAUUCAUACGCGCGCGCUCUAUGAAUAUUUCUACUCGGUGUUAAGGUGUAUUUUCAGCGAUGUCUACAUAAUACUCUACUGUGUAGAGUCUGGAAACUAGACGAUCAUCGAGCACCCGACAUGUACCACGCAUAUUCGUCGCUACAUUUGAAUAGACUUUGUUCCAAGUCCCAUACUAACUUUUAGUUCACUUCAUUUGCAAAACUAUUGAAACUUUCAAAAAGAAGAAAAAAAAUAGAGAUAACACACAAGUGAACGUAUAUAAUUUUAACUCGUUUUCCUUCUAGAAACAUACACGCCCAUGCAUACCUAUACACGAGAGAACAUACACAUAUACACGUGCAUAUACUUUAUUCCUGUGUUUAAAGCCAGGGUAAUGAUCUACGUUUGGAUUGGAGCCCUGAUAAUUUCAUCAAGAACAGUCAAUAACGGAUGUAGUGUCCAUUUCACGAAAGUCUGUGACAGUUACUAUAAGAAUAAUUAGCUGCGUAUUGUGUACGCAAUUUACCAAAGUAUACCAUAAAUCGGAAACAAUAAGUACCGAUAGCAAAACGAUGAAGAAUAAAAGAAAAAUAAAUACCACGCAUCUGUACGUGAACGGAUUAGACAAGUUUUGAAUAAAAUAUAACGUUGGAAGUCUACCGGUAUGUUAGUCGAGAACUGAUCUUAUGAUUACCUCAUUAUUUUUCUUUUCAAAAUACUGCCGCAUACUAAUAAGUUCGUGAAUUUCUUUAAA